AUGGAUCGUUUCGACGCGUUUCUUGACAGCGCGCGAACCACGGACGAAAUCGAGCGCGCUUCCACGUCGAAAAUCGCUAGAAGGUGGUCGGAGACGGAACGCCAGCGCGGAGGCGUCGUCGCGCGUGGCGUGAGCCAACGAACAGCCACGCUUCUCACGGACGUCUCGGACGACGAGAGCGACGCUCGCGGCCGACAAACGUUGGCGUGGAAGACGACGAAACUGCUCCCGAUGAAGGAACUGUUCCUGGAGCAGCAGUCAAGGCGGGACUUAUUGGCCCUCGGAGGAGAAUCGGUGCUAAGCGCAGACGGCGUGCGCGUCAAUCCAUCGAAGAGCAUCGAGUUCGUGCUGAUGAUGCGCGGUUUCGAAGAUUGCGGCGACGCAAAGGACGUUACGACGGCAAUGUUGCGUGAGGCCCGCGGUACGUGCGGGUAUUUCGUCAACGUUAGCGCAGAUGAUAUCACAGCGAGCGUCGAGCACACCGCCACGAUCGAAAACGACAACGAGCAAGGUGCGAACGAUGAGGCGGGAGGGAGCGCUUCAAGCACACGACACGUGUUCGCGCAGGCGUUCUACGCAAAACAUUCGAUCGUCGUGCCGCACGAAAUGUCUUCCUUUCAGCGUCGACGGUGCGUGCUUAUGGCGCGCCUUAAUUCGCAAAUGCGGGCACUCGACGACAGCGUCGACUCUGUCGAUCGCCAUAGACCACAGUUCGUUGCCAUCGUGCUCGGGGACCCGAGUGAACCACCGACGAAGAAUGUCUUCGCGACGUCUCAUACGAUUGCAACGAUGUUGAGUGACAGUGACUUUGUCGACGAAGCGCUGGAUUGCGAAGACGAGAAACAUUUUCGCGAACUUGUGAUGGCGUACAUGAAGCGAGGCAUAUCGCCGCCGGUCGUCUUCGAGAACGAUUUAUCGCGCGUGCGUUUCACUCCGCGAAGAGUCGGAUCCUGCAUCGUAGGAGACUUGAGACGUCGGUUGCCCGUGUAUGUCUCAGAUUGGACGGACGCUUGGGCAAACGUUGACACGUUCAUACGAGUCCUCUCCACCACGGUAUGGCUCGCGAGCACCACCUUCAUCCCAGCGCUCGCCAUUGGUCUCUCGAUGCAGUCCGACUCAUCCAGACGUAUGACCCAUGUCGACUUUUUGCUCUCUGAGGCUGUCUGUGGCAUCGCGUUUUCGAUCUUUGGUGGCCAACCGCUGCUCAUCUUACGUGUGUCGGGACCGAUAAAGACGUUUUUGAAUGUCGUUCGCAUCUUUGCGGAAUCGAUCGAGUGCGAUUUCGUUGCGUUCUACGGCUUCGUCGGGAUAUAUGCGGGGGUGAUGGUACUCACGUUUGCGAUGCUCAAUGGCGCGGAAUACAUGCUGUGCAUCAACCGCUUCACGCAAGAAAAUUUGGCUUUGUUUGCCGCCGUAACGUUCAUCUUUAACGGAUUCAACGCCAUGGCGACGAUGCGUGAGAUGAUUUCAGACGAUGCGACGUUUCUGAAGUAUUUCAUCUUACAUCUCGGGACCGUACUGACGGCUUUUAAGAUUUUGGAGUUCCGGAGAAACGCGGCGGUGCACAUGUCGUUGAGAAUGGUCAUUGCUGACUUGGCGCCUUUAAUCACCGUCUUGUGUGUGACGGGGCUGAGCUACGCGUUCCCAAACGUGUCUGUCAAUAGGGUAUCGGCAGCGUUGUAUAACCUACCGAUUUGGCCGACGCUUGUGGACCUGUCGAGCGUGAGCUCGAGCGCUCGAGCGCUGGCGCUCGUACCAGCGAGCGUGCUCGCGGUGCAGAUUGUGUUGGAGUCAAACAUUUCAGCCAUGUUGGCGUCGCGUCCACACAAUAAGCUCGCAAAGGGAUCGGCUUAUAACUGGGAUUUGUUCAUUAUGGGAAUUUUCACCAUCACGAUGGCCACAUUCGGUUUACCACCGAGCAUACCGGCAUUGCCGCACUCGGCGAUUCACACCGUGCUGCUGUCCAAAACCACAGAGUCCGCUCGGCACGGCGUCAUCCGGACGAACGUGAGGCGAGCGACAGAGACGAGAGUCACAAAUUUCAUUGCGCACCUCAUAACGCUCAUAAUCACUUUGCGGUAUCGCAGUACGUUCGGUCGUAUCCCCAUCGCUUCUUUGAGUGGCUUUUUGGUCUACAUGGGCUUGAGCUCUCUCGGAUCGAAUCAAAUGAUCUCGCGUCUUCCUCUUCUGGGCAACGUCGUCCCUUCGCGCUUUUUGCGUCACGUUACGAAACGAACUAUUCAUGCGUACACAGCGAUACAGUUCCUAUACUUUGGUGCAAUCUUUGGGUGUUCCAUGACUGUACAUCGAGCGCCUGGUUUCGCGGUGGUGUAUCCUCUGAUUCUCGCGUCGAGCGUACCGUUUUCGCACAAGAUCUUACCUCGCCUUCUCGGCGAUUAUCACGCGCACGUGCUCACGACGGCGGUUCGCGAGGAAAACAUGGUUGGUCUCUUUUAUUAA